CCUCGACGCGUUCAGUUCUGUGCCACUCGGUGAAAAAAUACAGCUACAACGUGCGCAAGUCGUGUGCGGACUUUUGCUAAGCGCGCCGUGGAACGCAACGUGCGGGCAUUAAGGACUGAAACUCAAACCGAUCCGAGCCGAACCGAACCGAAAAUCAAGUAGAGAACCGUUCAAAUCAUAGCUACAGCUCGGCUUUCACAGCUAACACGUGUUUGCCUGACAUUGGAAAGCCCAUUUCGAAGGGCACUUGACACGAACCGUAAGUCAAACGGUCAAAAGGCCACAGCAAAACGUUUUAAUUGCGUCUGGCUAAAGGGAUUUACUGUGCACCCUCAAAGCGCUCCGAGUAAGCGGUUUAAGUGAAUUGUGCGUGUAUCACAAGUCGGCCCAGAGACAUCAUCCAAUUGAGCUUUGUGCCAGCAGUGGACUCAGUCGACUGUCUAGCCGACAGAUCACACCUAAAGCCACACGGGCAACUGACCCCCAUCUGCGCAGCAAUCAACACUGUUCAAACUCCGUGACAACUCUGGCAGCUUCAAUUUGGAAACCAAUGGAUUGCAAUUAUGAGCAAACUAAGUGAAGCCCGAGAAAAGUUCAUUAACAGCAAUCACAACAACAGCAACAGCAGCAGCAACAGCAACAGCAACAGCAACUGCAGAAGCAGCAACAACCUCGACAUCGACGACAGCCACAAUAAUCAACAACAUCAUCGGCAGCAAAAUGUAAACGGCUAAAGGAGGACUCGACAGCUGGGUCCGUGAGCUCUGCAGUAGCAAAGUUAAAGACACCAUAAUAGUGAAUACAACAAAAAGUACAGCGACAACUACAAGUACAACAACAAGAACAAGAAAAAACAACCACAGCAACAAACAAAAUACACAACAUAAAUGAAGUUAACAAUCUGUCAAAUUGCUAAAUUAUUUCUGCUGUUGACAGCCUUCUUCUUUCUUAAUUCCCAUCACGCCUCCUCCACCUCAACUACCUUGAAUAACACCUCUGGCGCCAGCAACAGCAACGUCUUUUCAUCAGGCCAAAAUCUUGCCCCACCGACCACAACGCCAGCUGGCAAUGUGCCCAAGACAUUGGCAAAUGCGACUGCAACAACUGCGGUUACGUCCACGGCAACGACAGCGACAACAACAGCGACAACAGCGAGAGCGACAGCGAGGCGGACAACAGCAGCAACAACAACACUUAGCACCAAUCCAUUUUUGAGAACCUCAACAGCAUCAGCGACAGCAACAACAACACAACAGCAAAGACAACUACAACAACAACAACAACAACAACAAAAAAGCAAUGUGCAAGAAUUGGUACGUCAAGCACGUCAACAGCAAGAUACCGCAACGCAACAGCAACUGCAACAUCCACGAGAGCAACAGCAACAAGAACUGGAACAACAACAACAACAACAACAACUACAACAACGCCAACGUCGCCAACAUCAAAAACAACAAACAACAACAGCUGCAGCUGUCGCAGCUCAGCGUGUAGCCGUUUUAAUACCUUCGUCACUGCACAUUGAUAUGAUGCAAGUGCAACAGGGCUUCCAGCAUUUCGUUGAGUUUUUUCAAGUACAUUUAUCUAACGCCAGCGUCGAUUUUAUACACGAUGUCGAUUUAAGUGGCUUCAUUAAAUUACUGGAGCUACCCAAAUACACGAGCGUUGUAAAGACUUUAAAUGCGGGCAUUAAUAUAGACACCGAUGUGGACCUCGAUGGCAAUGGCGAUGACGAUGGCGCUGACCCAACAAAGCAGCCAAGUCAGCAGCGUACCCAAAUGAAACAGUUGUCAGCAGACACUUUAUCAGCACCCACAGGGCGGCCAAAGGAACAACAGCAGAAACAUCAAAAACAGCAACAAAAUGAUAAAGCUCAGAAGGAGAGGGCGAGGGAGAAGGGGAAGGGGAAGCAGCAACAGCAGCAGCACUCGGAUACCAGCAGCUUGGCCCACUGUCACCAGCUGGCGGAGCAACUGGCUUACGAUUACAAUAAGAGCGCUCUCUUCUGGCCCUGUCCUCAGAUGAAAAUCUCGAGCAAUUUUCUGCCAUCAUUUGAGGCCAUUUCCUUGGCUGUGCGGAGCAUUGCCAGCAAGUUGAAUUGGAUGCACGUUGACAUCUAUGUGGGCGAUGACAAUUGGGGCCUACCAUUGGCCAUUGCGGCCAACUUACAUAUACCUUAUCGCAUUGAAAUUGGCGACACAGUACGUGACCUGCAUGAACAGGAUAAGCCUGGCCAAGCAAUUAUUAUUACGGCCCCUCUGAACGAUGAUAGCACGCUGCGCUGGCUACGCAGGGGCAAGUGGACUGACCGAGGCCAACAGACAAGAGUAUUGCUCAUCGAUAUGGUUGCCAGCUCAUUGAAUGUCGAGCAUCGACUCUACAAAUAUCUGGCACGCAUCAAUGCGGCCACUCGCAAUGGUAAUGGUAAUGGCCAUAACAGCAGCAACAGCAAUAGCAAUGCCAACAGCAACAGCAACAGCAAUGGCAACAGCAAUGGCAACAGCAAUGGCAAUGACAGUGUCAGUUCCAGUGGAAUCGACAAUGGGAAUAGUAGCAACAUGCCAAAGCUGCCUGUGUCUGGGCUGGUGACCAGCAAUCUGUUGGUGCUGACUCUGCUAAGCGAUAAGCAUCGUCACUAUUUGAAUGCGGCCGGUAUUGGCAUGGCGAUGGUGCAUAAUUUUCGUACUCCAGCGUCCGAGCUUUUGUUGAGUGAUGCGGAGGCGACGAUGGAGGCGCUGGCUCAUCAAAAUGCCAGUCUCAACAGGCUGCGUCCCUUUAUGAAUCUGUUCUCGCUCUACGAUCUGCUGCUGUCCCACAUUACCACUGGCAAUGCGACGGCUGGCAAACCCAAAUACGAUUUUCUGGUUCUGGACAUUGUUGUGGAUGCUGCACUUGCCUCGUACAAAUGGCGUCCUCUGCUCAUCCUCGAGGGUGACAAGGCUCUGGGACAAUCGGGCAGCUAUAUAACGCACUCCAUUCAACCGGGCUACGAUGAAUGGCUCCUGGUCAGCAACGCUCAGAUUUGGCACUGUGGCGCCAUCUGCUGGACAAUUGCUGCAAUAUGUAUCGGCCUGCUAAUCAUCAUUGUGGCGGCCAGCGUCGCUGCCGGCAUUGCCGUGAGAAACUAUUUUCUACGCAAGAGACUGUCGAAGGGACCCAACAAGAUUGUGCUCUCGGCCAGUGACUUUGUGUUUCCCGUGGACUCGCGUCGGGUGGACGAGGGCAUUGAGGCCAUGCUCUGCUGCUGGCUACAGCAGCUGCAGGAAUUUGGCGGCCCCGAGGUGGAUAAGCCAGAUUUGCUGAAGGGUUCGAUUGGGUCGCUUAAGAAUCUGGGCUUUGUGAUUCCCGGGACGACGGCGGGGGGCAACAGUGGUGCCAUAGCUGGAGCUGGUGGCACCGCCACAGGUGGAACGGCUAACGGCAAGAGUGGCACUUCGGCUUCGGGCAGCCUGGCUCGCCAUAAGCCAGCCCAUCUGGACAUGCGUGCUCGCUACAAUGGCGAUCUGGUGCAGCUCAAGGAGAUACCCUUGAAUGGCUCGGCCGAGCUGCGAUCCAAGGCCAUGGAUCUGCUAGUGAUGGCGCAUGGGCUGCGACACGAGAAUAUAAAUCCACUAAUUGGCUGGCUGUCGGAUCCGAGUCGCACGGCUAUGGUCUUCGACUAUUGCUCACGCGGCUCGCUGCAGGAUGUGCUCAUCAUGGAUGAGAUUAAGCUGGACUGGUCGUUCCGCCUAAGUCUGUUGACUGAUCUGGUGCGCGGUAUGCGCUACCUCCACGCCUCUCCGCUGCGCAUCCAUGGCGCGCUGACCUCCCGAAACUGUGUGGUGGACGCCCGAUGGGUUCUCAAGAUUACCGACUAUGGCCUGAAUUCCUUCUACGAAAUGCAGGGCCUGGCCCAAGUGCCACGCAGCAACAAGGAGCUGCUGUGGACGGCGCCAGAGCUGCUGCGCACUAUGAAAACACAGCCACAGCAGCAACACCAUCAUCAUCAUCAUCAUCAUCAGCAUGGACGCGUGCAGAUGGGCACACAGAUGGGCGAUGUCUACUCCUUCGGCAUCAUCAUGCAGGAGGUGGUGGUGCGGGGUGAGCCCUAUUGCAUGCUCUCACUCUCACCAGAUGAGAUUAUAGCCAAGCUGAAAAAGCCACCGCCCCUAAUCAGACCCUCGGUCUCCAAGGGAGCCGCACCACCGGAGGCCAUCAACAUAAUGCGACAGUGCUGGGCCGAACAACCAGACAUGAGACCCGAUUUUAACUCCGUUUACGAGCGCUUCAAAAUGCUCAACCACGGACGCAAAGUCAACUUUGUGGACACAAUGUUUCAAAUGCUGGAGAAAUACUCGAACAAUCUGGAGGAACUGAUACGAGAGCGGACCGAUCAGCUGGAUAUAGAAAGAAAGAAGACUGAGCAGCUGCUUAAUCGGAUGUUGCCAAGCUCUGUUGCUGAGAAGCUUAAAAUGGGCUUGGCCGUUGAUCCGGAGGAGUUCUCGGAUGUCACAAUUUAUUUCAGCGACAUUGUUGGCUUCACAACGAUCGCUGCUCACUGCAGUCCAGUGCAGGUGGUGGACCUGCUCAAUGAUCUCUACACCAUAUUCGAUGCCACCAUCAAUGCUUACAAUGUAUACAAGGUGGAGACCAUUGGAGAUGCUUAUAUGGUCGUCAGUGGGCUGCCUGUGAAGAUACCCGAUCAUGCGGAGCAGAUAGCCACCAUGGCACUGGAUCUGCUCCACCAGAGCGGACGCUUCAAUGUGAAGCAUCUGCCGGGCGUGCCGCUCCAGCUUCGCAUCGGCCUGCACACGGGUCCCUGCUGUGCGGGCGUUGUGGGUCUAACAAUGCCGCGCUAUUGCCUAUUUGGCGACACGGUGAAUACAGCCUCCCGAAUGGAAUCAACAGGCUCCUCUUGGCGCAUCCACAUGUCGCAAGAGACUCGCGAUCGCUUGGAGGCACGCGGCGGAUACUCGAUAGAGCCUCGCGGCCUAAUUGAUAUCAAGGGCAAAGGCAUGAUGAACACAUUUUGGCUGCUGGGCAAGAAAGGUUUUGAUAAGCCAUUGCCGGUGCCACCACCCAUUGGGGAGUCGCAUGGAUUGGACGAAUCACUAAUACGCAACUCGAUUACGCUAAAGGCGCAGGCGAACAAGUCGAGAACCAGCACGAAUCCUUCAUCGUCCCAGAGCUCUUCGCUGGCUGGCGAAACAGUCGAGGUGAAGGUGGAGAUAACGCCACCCGCCAACACGGACUUGAGUUCUAGUGUGUUGCCCAAUUCCUAUUCGCUCGACUCGACCUCUACGAACACCAUUAGCCCCAAUACGACGCUAUGUCCGGAGUUUCCCAAUAAGACGCCCAGCAGUACAAGUCCACAGUCACGCAAGCUCUCCGAGCUCACGCCGGAUAGUCUGCUGAAUCCCAAUAGCUUUAAUCGCUUGCCCAGCUCUACGGGCGGCUCCAGCUCCAGGUUAUACAAGAAGAUUGAGGAAAUGAUGGAUCUCAGCUCGCCGUAUAAUCAUUACAAGUGUCUCAGUCCCAGCGAGAGCAACCUGACCCAGUUCUAUGAUGGCAAAUAUAUGUAUGGGAAUUCAGGUGGCGGCAGUGCGGCGGGAAACAAUGGACCUGGCAGUGGGGGCUGUUCCGUAAGCGGCAGCACCUCCAAGUUUGACAGUAAGCCCGGCUCCAGCCGCCUGCUGCGUCGUCAGUUCAGUCUGGACCGAGACGAUCAGCAGUCCAAAGUGGAGCAGCAGCACCAGCACUCCCUGCAGGCAAACAAUUAUGCGGCCCUGAUGAAUGCCAGCAAGAACUCCAUGCUCGAUAUACCGAUGCUGCACGACACAUCACGCAGUCCCAAAGGCACUUUGACGCGAGCGCACAAACAAAACUCAUCAUCCAUAGCACAGGACUUGGAGAAGAUCGAGGAGAUACCGCUCUCGCCGGCCUCCUCGCAGCAUCACAGCAGCCUAGAUAGCAAUCUGAAUCGUAGUCCACCCUCUACGCUGGAGGCUCAACCACCCUCGGCGAAAGCUAUGCCCGCCUCUGGUGCUCCGCUCAGUCCGCCGUUGUCCUCAGCGCCGACCUCGCCGGCGCCGUCGCGCACUCUCAACGGACUCGAUGCGCAUAGACGAUCGAAAAAGAAUAACAACAACAACAGCAGCAGUCUCAGAAGCGAGAGCGCCGACAGCCCCCAUCCGGCCCAGGAGAACAACAUGCCCAGCCCCGAGAUAGUCCUGAACGUGGAGCAGCUGCUCAGCAGAUAGGACACGAUUUAGGCAAAUGAGCCGGAGUAACUUAAAAAGCUUUAUAUCUGAGGUCGUCAUCGAGUAAGAGAAUAUCCGAGAAUUUCUAGCGUUGUGAUGUGCAAAGUGAAGUACCUCAAAGCAUGCAAACUUGGUUCCAGCUGCGAAAUGAAAGUACAACUUAGUUGAUGAUUAGUAAUGUCCAUCGAUCGAAUGAAUCUAUUCGAGCCGGCUUUUCACACUAGUCAGCGUCAAUCUUAGCCAAUUAACGAGAUACUCCCGUCUAGCUUUAUUUUCGAAUGGUUCGCACAGUGGACUAAAAGUAAAAGGUAGCCUUAACUAGGAUUUUACCCAAAUUGAUACUUGAAUUUCAAAUUGAAUUGAAUUUGAAUAAAAAUGAUUAGAAAACAAAGAAUAUUAUUACAACGUAGUGAGACCUGCUAUUCCCCAUUUGUAUGUGCUUAGUAUGUUAAGAGCAAUGGGAUGAUGCCCAUGAUUAAGUGUUAAUCGAUUUUAUAAAAACCUAAUCAAAAUUACAAUUAACUGCAUGCAACUUCAGAACUGACCACACCUUAAAGAUCGUAAUCUAAAUACUAUGUAUAUCUGAGCUAAAUUGUUGGGCUGAUUCUUGCAUCCAUCAUACAUGUGUUUUCAAUUCGAAAUGAAGUUCCUUUCAUAUAUAAAUACAUAUUCUACUAUGUAAAUAUCGUUAAUACUGUUUAGCUAUUUAAGAAUCUUUUUGACGACAAAAACAAAUAUCAAAUAAGUAUUAUAACUAUACGUGAAUUUAGUUUUCUAAAGACAAUCGUUAUUAAUUUUAUAAUAAAAAAAAAAUAAA